GAUCUUUUCGUGUAGCUCAUAGCGACAAUAGCGUUUUAGCUUCGUUUGUGCUGCCAUGGAACCACCGGCCAAAAGGCGCCGAAUGAGCCAGCUGCUGCUGGACAAGGAAAAUGUUGACGAAGACGAUGAUGAGCUCGCCUUGCAGCCAUUCGAAGUUGAAGCCAAACGAGAUCCGGAUUAUAAAUUAUCCAUCGAACGAGCCUAUGCAGACCAGCGGUUCCAAGCCACCAUGGCGCAUAUUUUCGACAAAUAUGGUCGUGACUUCGAAGGCAUUGGGGAUGAGAUCGAUCUUGUAACGGGCGAGAUUGUCGUUAAUAAUGGGCAUGUUCGCAAUAUGCGUGACGAAGGCGAUGUUGGAGACGGCCUGAGAGAAUAUCUGGGCGAAGAAGAGGAUGAUGAAGACGAAGGAGUUCUUCUGGAGGAUCUAUUUGAUGACGAGGAACAAUUUGGGGACGAGGACACAACAGAGCAAGAGGGGGAUGCAACAGUCUCUGGGAAACAAAUUCAAAAUGACAUUGGCACGGACGACGACGACGAAGAUCGCAUAAUACAGGGCCACGAAGCACCUCGCGAAUCGCAUUCAACAGCCUUGGUCUUGGGAUCAAUGGCAGCAAAUGCGAGGGGCGUUUCCAGAACUUCUUUACUCCCCUUGCCGCACAAGAUUCCACAUGGUAAUCUUUUAGACUUAGAGCCUACUGGACAGCUACCCUUUGUCUCUUCGCCACUCUCUUUCGAUCGUUCGCCGUUCGCCACGGAGCCAUGGAGCUUUUCUGGCCAAUAUUCUGAUCCUUUGUGGAACCAGCCCGAUUUAUUUACAGUCCACCAGCCGAAAUCCCAGCAAUUGCCGAUUAAAGCAAGCCGAUACGAUUUUCCUGCGCAGAGCGGCCAAAGCUCGAUCUGGGCGCCUCGGUCUAAAUUUCGAGAUGAAGAGAAUAAGCCGCUUCAAUCUGUAUUUGCGGCUACAUUUGGGAAACAUUUACUCGCCAAGAGGAAGAAAGUUCUUCGGCAUCCACUGGUACUACCACCUAUCAAGGACGUAGAAGAUGAUGACAAGAGAGAAGAAGAGGAUGAGGAUGAAGAUGAAGAUGCGAUUCUAACAGGGAAGAAGACCAAGGAGGUUGAAAGCUUUGGCAGUAUUCCAGUGAAUCUUGCCAAGAAGAGCAAAGGUUUAUAUGUCAAUAAUCAGUCUUCUGAGACAGGCAAAGAACUCGAAGAGAAAGGAGUGGAAGGGGGUUCGAGUGAUAGCGGCUAUAAGUCUACACAAAGCACUCGAAAGGCCAGAAAGAGAAAGCGAAGACCGGAUGAAGACUUUGUUAGAAAUGACGCUCUGAUCCGAGUUGCCGAACCUUCAAGGGGAGCUCUUCAUGUAGAUGAUGAAAUACUGUUAUCAAGGGUCAAUCAAUCUCACCAAAAAUUGUCGACGGGUGAGCAGCUUGAUGAAGCUGAUGGUCUAAGGCGCUCUGGACGCAUGAGGAAGCAAGUGGAAUUUUUGAAUAAAAUUUCCUGGGCCGAUGUCUUGGCGGAGCAGAGAGCUGAAAAAGAAGCGGCAUUUUCUCGGAAUAGGUGUGACGGACAACUUAUCGAAGCCGAGGGCGCUUUUGAAGAGCGGCCUGUCUUAGCUGCGCCGGAGGAUGAUUAUGUUCCCGAUUCUGCUGCUGAAGAUGAAGAAGGAUUUGAAGAAGACGAAGAAGAGGAGGCAGAGGAGGGAGAAGAAAAAGGAGAAACAAGAGGCCAGACAAACUUCCACGAUGGUUUGGCGAUACUACGCGAAAAGGAAACUCGUCAACCAGAUAUCCAUGACGAGCCUCGUUUGCCAAUACCGGAAGCAUUUCCUCGCAAGAAUGCAGAUUUUUCAUGCCUCCUCUCGGAUGAUGAAGCUCCUACCUUGCUGUCAAAAUCAAGGAGGUCCUUUUCUGAGAAUACGCCCAAAGAUGUGCUCCCACUACGCGAAAUUCAAAAUAUCAAGACUCAAACAACUGUGAAGGCCGGCUCGCCAGCAAGUCACAAAACUAAACGAUUAGAUUAUUCUCACGACGAGAAUACGAAGACAAAAGAGGCCAUUAAAGAUGCGUCUCCUAUAGUCAAUAAGAGUGGCAUGGGGUCGGGCGGAUACCUUGAUAUUCCAUCCGAAGACUUGAGUGGCGUGGCGCCAUUACCUCCUUCCCCUACUCGUUUCUCAUCUCGAAUUACCCCCGAAGUGUCUCUCGACGACAAGCCUCAAGCUUCAUACACUUCAGCACGGAAGGCUAGGUCUCGGCAAUCUGCGGAGACUCGUUCUUCAAGUCCAUGUGCUCGUGUGAUUGAAGAUACCCCGAAAGUUACGACCUCUAAGAAGCAGAAGAAACGCCAAUCAACGAAGCUUGCAACAACUCCCAUCGUCAUUGAAGAUAGUUCCUACGAGACAUCGGAUGAGAGUUACCAUGUGGAAUCUUCUCCUAUCGCUAAAGCCUCUAUACCUGUUGAACCAGUCCUCCCCCCCCCCUCUAGACGUACCACGCCGCCUCCUGAAGUGGUGACUCGAGCUUUCUCACAAUCUCCUGUGAAACUUUCUUCGAUGUUACCACCCAAUUCUCCCACCAAAAGCCCUUCAAAACGCACCUCGUCAACGCACUCAGAGCUGCCCUCCGUUGAUGAAGCUAAGACAUCUAAUCCUGUUGCAUCUUUGCCCUCUUUGAGCAAUCCUCCCCAAACACCUCGUCACUCGAAUCGCCAUUCUUUCAAGGUUCCUUCUUCUCGACAUUCCAUCUUGUCUUUGCUAUCGGAUGACGAAGAUGAGGAGGUUGACGAGCUGGGUCGUAACCUGGCUGCUACGCCCAGGUUGCUUAGUUCUGCAGCACAAACUACAGCACAGAAAGUUUGGAAAUCUACUUCUCGCACCAGAGAGGUGUAUCAUACGCCAGUCAAGAAGCGACCAGCUGAGCCUAUUAGUCCUGGUAGCAUUAUCAAGACGCCCGGUGGUACUUUGAGGGCAUGUGGCGUGGAUGGCUAUAGAUGUGGACGCGAUUUUUGUUUUACGUGCUUAUAGUUUAUGGGGAUAGUAACUAGACUGUUUCUUUUUUUAAGUGGGAGAAAAGUAGAAGUGAUUGAUGGCGUUUUACGGGAUAGCUAGCGGACUGGGCGAAUGGAGUAAUAUAUCUGGAAAUCUUUUGCGAAACAAAAGGGAGAAUGGUAGGUUAGUGUGGAAUGACGAUGUAUUACACGCUACCUCAUAUUAGCUAACCGCAAAUCAAAUAAAUUGUUUCAAAU